AGAAGUACAGUGUGGCCAUUGACUUGUCUUUCUCUUGUUUGAAGGCUUCGAAAACUGUCCAAAUGCCACUCGACUCCGUCUCCUGUCAUUUGAAUGUGACGAAACCGUGUCCAGUGUCUUGCUGUCUACUUUCGCAAUGUGGAACAACACAGUCGCUUUGUUGUGGUGGAUUUUCACUCCAAAGCCCAAAGGCAAAACAUUUCUCAACCCAGAGAAAAAAUCCCAGCCCACAGCCUUUGGACAUGCAAGUUUGUUGCUACUUCCUGAAUUGGCCCAAGUAGCUACAGGAGGCAACCACGUAUAGUUGGCAUCCACCAUUACGAAACGGAGAUGGACUGCCCUUUUCGCUGUGGAGAGAACUUCGCAGAUAAAGCCGAGAUUGCGGCACACACUGGCGAUAAUGGAAGUUGCCCCCUGGCUCCUGUGCAAUGCGUAUUCAAGGGCAUCGGCAAUGGUGGCUGUCCUGCCAAGCCACAGCGGCGGUUUCUGGAGGCGCAUCUCACGAGAUCGUCCGCCACUCACCAGCGUCUUCUUCUGGACGGCUUUCAUCAGCUGCGGCAAGGCCAGACGCAGCUUCAAGCACAAGUGGAACGGCUAGCUGCUGCGCAUGCUAGUGGUGGUGGGGGUGCUGUGAAAGUGUCUAGUCGGCCAAGUUCAGCCAGAAGGAGUGCACCGCCCGAUGCGAUACAAGAGCUGAGUGAUGGCUUGGCCACUGUCCAGUCCAACAUCACUGCACUAAGCUCUCAACUCGGCGAUGUCUCAGGCCAUUGCACCAGGCUGCACGGCGAGGUGUCUACAAACCGACACAAUCUACACAAGCUACAGAUGACCCCGGUGCCUGUCGCCGGUUCUGCUGCCACCUCUGCCGCGGACUGCAGUCGAUGUGACACGUUAGCAGUGGAACUGCAGCAGCUGAGAGGCAUAGUGCUGGAUAUGGCGGGCAGUGCAAAGCCGUGCAGCAAGUGGUGUGUGCAGGUUGAUGUGCGCAUGCACGGCGACGGACGACUGGAGCUGGUGGGUAAUCCGUCGAGUCCCUGCCACUGGUCUGGCCCCACGGGAUGCGGGCAUCAGGUCUACACCAGCUGCGCGCUUAAAACGCUGGCUCAGCUGAUCGGUCACCGAGCUGCGCCAAACCAAGUCGGACUGGCUGAGCUGGCCAUCAAUGUGAUUGCCUCGAGCAGCGACUGGCCGGAGAAUGCCCAGCAGCUGUGCGUGGCCUACCCGAACACUCUGCUGUCCAUGACACAGUCAGCUGUCAUGACUCUUCCACCUGCUAGCACUGUGGUUAGUUCUGUGAGCAAUGCUGAUGCUGCUGAUGACCGGGCCGAGUCCAUGCAAUCUCCAAAGAGGUACACGCUGCAGACCGUCGGCAUUCCCAUCCUGCUGCCACCUGAAGCGGAGCUGGGCGCCACCCUGGACUGGUCUUAUGAAGUGCAGCUGUGUGCAGUCUGGGCACACAAGACCGCUUGACAAUUGAUCUCGAUGCAUGAUAUCCGUGUGUGCAUGCUCUCUUGAAGCUCGCCAAGAAUCAGGGAUCGGUCUAGCUUGGGGGAGGUGAUAACACAUUGUGUACACCACCGGUUACUGUAAUAUUCCUAUCACAAGACCAUACAGUACCUCUUGGCGUCAUCACAUUUCUGCUGCCAAGUGUCUUGCGCUGUUGAAGAUGUUGAUAUGAUUCCUGUUGUACAUGUACAUGUAUGUACUCCAGUUUGAGCUGGUUCUCGCGUGGCAGUGCUUCCCUGAUAACCGGGCAGGCCUAGUACAGUUGUAGGCUGGUCUAAGAUCAAGAUACUGUACAGGCAGACAAUUUCGUCGGUCAAUAAUUUCGUCCAACUCCUAAGAAAGGGAUUUCGUCCGGUUGAAAAUUUAGUCCAUUGACUAUAACAGUGUAUUGCAACGCUGGACAAAUCGACAUUCGCCCGUCAUUUAAUUUAGUCCCAAAGCUCCGUGGACGAAAAAGACGAAAUUAAAUUCCA